AUGGUGGCAACAGUUGCUCUCGGUUGUCUUGCUCGCAGCCGAAGAGAUUCUGCGGCUGAUAAAGUUUUAAAGCUCCAGGCAUUUUGGGAACCUUUCCUUCUGCUGCACCUUGGUGGCCCCGAUACUAUCACGGCUUACUCCUUAAAUGAUAAUGAGUUUUGGCUAAGGCACUUUCUUCAAUUUGUGUUCCAAGUUGGGGUAGCAUUUUAUGUCUUCAUACCAUCCUGGAAAAACAAAGAUGCCUUCAGAUUUAUAGCCAUUCCAGUGUUUAUCGCUGGAAUGAUUAAGUAUGCAGAGAGACUUUUAGUGCUCCACUCUUCAAGCGCCAAGAAAUUUAAAGAUUCCUUGCGUUCACCUCCUGAAUUUGGUAAGAAUCCUUCAAACCUCAAGGACAGAGAAAAAAAGUAUGAAAAGAAGCCAACUGAAGAGGUAAAUAAUUACCACAUUGAAGCUGUAUCCUGGUUCAAAAAAUUCAGGUGUCUCUAUGCUGAUUUAAUUCUCGAUCAUGAUGAAAGAAAAGAAAGUUACUCUCUUCUCAGCAAGAAGUCAGCAAAAGAAGCCUUCAAAUUGGUAGCAAUUGAGCUUGGAUUCAUGUAUGAUGUGCUCUAUACAAUGACAACAACAAUUUAUUCCGUGCUCGGUAUCAUUCUCCGUUGCAUCUCUUUGUUCUCCCAUAUUUUUGUAUUAGUUAUCUUCUUAAUCAUUAUUGAUAAGUCUUCCUAUUCACCAAGUGACAUCUCCAUAACUUAUGUACUAAUAGUUGGAGGGAUCUUUCUGGAGGUUUAUGCAAUAUUCAUCGUGCUUCUUUUCUCUGACUGGACAAAACAUUGGUUGACCAAGAGUAAUUAUAUGUCCAUUGAUACAUGCUCUAAUGGUUUACUCUCCAACGACAACAGAAGCUGGUCAGGAUCCAUGGGUCAGUACAAUCUAUUAAGUUUUUCUCUUUCAGAGGCCAAAUCAGCCACAUCGUUGAUUGUUGGAGUUCAGAAGCUAUUUGGAAUCAAAGAACUAAUAGAAAAGUAUAAAUAUUUGACUUUGAAAGAAGUGGAUGAUGAUUUAUUAAAAGCGAUCUUCAUCCAACUCCUUGAGAAAAGCCAAGAAAUUAAAGAGGAUCUUUUUUAUAUCAAGCAAUGCAAAGAACUGCUGGGUCGGAGAGGAGAUUAUGUGCUUAGCAAAAGGUCUUUCAGUAAUGAAUUUCGUUGGAGCACAGUUGAGGUGGAAUUUGAUUACAGUCUUCUUCUUUGGCACAUCGCUACUGAUCUUUGCUAUUACGAUGAUUUCUGUAACCUUCCAGAGGGUCAUGAACUUCCUCCAAAAUGCAAAAUUAGCCAAUGCUUAUCAGAUUAUCUGUUGUAUCUUUUAGUCAUAUGUCCAACCAUGUUGCACAAAGGGAUUGGUGAGAUAAGAUAUAAAGACACUUGCCUAGAAGCCAUCAGAUUUUUCAGAAAAAAAUAA